GUUGUAGAUGUAAAACUGUAAUUAAUUCGUACAAAAACUCAAUAAAUCCUCCCGAUUCCACUCUUAGACAGUUCUGUCUAAUGCACGGGUUGUAUCUGCUGUUCAAGUGCCAACCUAGAGCCAUUUGGUUAUCUUUAACCCAGCUGUGUGUGUGGUGACAUCAUCUUGUGCUCCUUCCUCUUUCUAACCCUUCCUUUCUUGAGCUCAAGAAACAUGACAAAGCGGGGCUGACCUGUGUGCACGUUUUUUUAGCUCCGCUGUUUCUUUUUCCCCUGGACUACAUCUGGACUGCCAUUUGUUAACAAUCUCAGGAGAAAAGUAUUCUCCUGGCUUAAGGCAGAGCUGCCAGGAUGACAGAGCUGCAGUUCAGAGAUUACUUUUGGUGCGUGGACUUCACCAGCAGUGUGGGUUAUGACACCCUAAUCCAGCGCAUGUGCGAUGGUCGUCGGAUGUGUAAAGAUGUGGAAGACGUAUUGAAGAUGAGGGCACAGGCAGAGGAGAGGUAUGGAAAGGAGCUGGUGACAAUCGCUCGCAAAGCUGGAGGACAGACUGAAAUUGGCACAUUGAAAAACUCGUUCGAUCAACUCAAAGCCCAAAUUGAGAAUGCUGGUAAUUUCCACAUCCAGUUGUCGGGGAUGCUGAAGGAAGAAGUACACAGAGUGGAGCAGUUCAGAGAGCGGCAGAGGGAACAGAGGAAGAAGUUUGAAGGAAUAAUGGAGAAAGUCCAAAAGAUGAAGGUUUCACUAUACAAAAAGACAAUGGAGUCCAAAAGGUAUUAUGAGCAGAGAUGCAGAGAGGCGGACGAAGCAGAGCAGGCAGCUGCCAAAGCAGCCAACACACCCAGCCUCACGCCCAAGCAGUGUGACAAGGCCCAGAAUAAGGCCAAACAGUGUCGAGAGGCUGCCAGCGAGGCCGAGAAGCAGUACAUGAACAACACGGAGCAGCUGGAUGUCACGCGUGAGGAGUGGGAAAGCACACAUAAAAGCACUUGUGAGGUGUUUCAGCAGCAGGAGACGGACCGUAUUAACGUUCUGCGCAAUGCCAUGUGGGUGCACUGCAACCUCUUCUCAAUGCAAUGUGUCAAAGAUGAUGAGUUGUACGAGCAGGUGAGGAACAGUCUGGAACAGUGUAACAUCGUAGCCGACAAUAGCAGCUUCAUCGAAGCCAAAACGACUGGCUUGACUCCUCCAGCCCCUAUCAUCUUUGAGAACUACUAUGAGAGGGACCCAUCGGCCAGUACCAAUGGCAGCGCACGCUUCAGCGGACGUGUCAUGAAGAGGUUUUCUAACCUGUUGCAAGGAAAUUGUGCUGGAGGACUGAAGACCGAAGUGAAUGACACUCAGCUGAUGCUGCCAUCUACCAGUUCCCAGCCAGCAGCACAAUUUACUGCCUCAGGUGCGAACUCUGAUGGAGUGUACGCCUCCAUACAUGGGGAGCAGCGGGAGCAGCAGGAGCAGCAGGAACAGCAGGAGCAACAGGAGCAGUCCGAGGCCAAUGAGGAUGGCGGCUACAUAGCCUUGUAUGACUACACAGCACAGAGCCAGGAUGAGCUGUCCAUUACCGCAGGGGAUGUGGUUUUUGUCACAGACAAGGGAGAGGAUGGCUGGUGGACAGUACAGAGAGGUGAACUGUCAGGUCUGGUGCCAGGCUCCUACCUGGACAAAGUGUGACCAUAGCCUCUGUGAGGGUACCUGUACAGAAUCUAGAGUGAGCCAGAUGUUCAUCAGCUCCUUGAACCCAUCAGUUUCCUGCUUCAGUACAGCUCUGUGAACAGAGAAGACCCAUUUGGCUACAUUCUUCAUGACCUUCUUGAAACCAACCUGGAUGAAUACUAUUACCAGCAGGAGUGGGAUCAGCAGACUGUCACACAUUGAGAACCAAAGCAAAAGGACACAUUACAACAUUUCAACAAAGCAGUAAAAAAAUGGGAGCUGGCAGGUACGCUGCAUUCUUCUCUACAAUAAAGUGUGUGAUAGUGGUCAACCAGGAAUAACAGCAUAAAGUCCCCAAGAGACCAGUAUUCUGAGAGGCAUUGCAAUAAGUAGCACUUUUUACCCGAUACCAGCCCGUCGUACCGCCACAAAAAAACUACAGUUUAAAUGUACUCAUCCUCUGUUAACUGCUCCUAAUUCAUUCUUUCAAAAUGCACUGCAUUCAAAACACAAGAUAAUGAAAUUACUUAUUUGUUCCAUCAGUUCUUAUGGGGGAAAAAUUCCAAUUUGUUCCAAACAUCAUGUCUAAAAUCAUAAUGAUGUCUAAUAUAAUGUCCACCAUAAUGUACAGUAUAUAU